AUGAUGCAGCUUGCGUACGACACUACUGUGAAGCUCAUGCUCUCUACACUCGAACGCAACCUGCUCCCUGAUGCCGUCACCAGGAGACUCACGCGCCUCCUCUUGGCUACGCGCCUUCGCUCUUCUUCCUACACAUCCGCGGAACUUCAGCUCUCCCACCUCCUCCACUUCGCACAUUCUUUACGAGAGAUGCCCAUAGCAAUCAACACUGAGAAGCCAAAAGCUCAACAUUAUGAAUUACCAACCGCUUUUUUCAAGCUCGUCCUUGGCAACAAUCUCAAAUACAGCUGUUGCUAUUUCUCUUCUGCCUCAAUGACGCUGGAAGAUGCUGAAGAAGCAAUGUUGAAACUGUACUGCGAGAGAUCAAAUCUGAAAGAUGGUCAUACAGUACUUGAUGUGGGAUGUGGUUGGGGAUCGCUGGCUUUAUACGUAGCCAAGAAUUACACUAACUGCAGGGUUACAGGCAUCUGCAAUUCGACAACUCAAAAGGCUUAUAUUGAGGAGAAGUGCCGGGAUCUUCAGUUGGAAAAUUUGAAUAUUAUAGUUGCUGAUAUUAGCACGUUUGACAUGGAGGCUUCUUAUGACAGAAUAUUUUCCAUAGAAAUGUUUGAGCAUAUGAAGAACUAUAAAAACCUGCUCAAGAAGAUAUCCAAAUGGAUGAAAGAGGAUAGCCUUUUAUUUGUGCAUUACUUCUGCCACAAAGCAUUUGCCUAUCACUUCGAGGACAAUAACGAAGACGACUGGAUUACAAGAUACUUUUUUACUGGAGGAACCAUGCCUUCAGCAAAUCUACUUCUUUAUUUUCAAGAUGAUGUUACAGUCAUCAACCAUUGGCUAGUAAAUGGGAAACACUACGCACAGACCAGUGAAGAAUGGCUGAAAAGAAUGGACCAGAGAAUGAUUUACAUCAAGCCAAUUAUGCAAUCAACUUAUGGCAAGGAUUCAGCUACCAAAUGGACUGCCUAUUGGAGAACAUUCUUCAUGGCUGUAGCGGAACUUUUUGGAUACAAUAACGGUGAAGAAUGGAUGGUUGCACACUUUCUUUUCAAAAAGAAAUAA